AUUCAGUCCUUAAUCCCAAAGUAAGAGGAAUUGAUGAGGCUAUGUGCAUUGUGUUAUGUCUGAUCACAGUUUGACUAGCAGAGUCUGGAAGUGGGUUGUACAGGAUGAGAGAGAGAAGCCUAAUUGCUCUCUCAGCAUCAGCAGCAUCUAUAAAGCAUCCUGGGAAUUGCUUGCCCUACGUUCAGAGCAGCUGGUCACAUGAGCCUGAAUUUUCAGUUCAGUUCAUUAGUCAGCCAUUUUGGUCAACACCCUGCUUACUGCGCACGGCCAAUCCUAUGAGAACUCAGCAUCCCAUCUCAUCUGAGCAGAUCCUGGAAGUGAUUUCUGCAGCUCAGAAUUUUUUUUUUAAGCUACACUGAAAAUAUAGGUUUAUUUUUUGUUCAGGUUUUUCUUUUAUAUUUUUUUCUGCACAAAGGAGGAGGAUUUUUCACUUAUUCAUAUCGAGGCCAGAUUUUUAAAGCCAGCUAAGGCAGCAUCGGCUGUGCAGGAUUUAAAGCCUAUAGGUCUGCUGAAAAAAAAGGUGGGGGGCAGGGAAAGGAAGAUAAAAGGAAAGGAAGCUGGGAGAAGACAAGCAUCAUCUUAUUUUGCUAUGUGGUAGGAACUGUCUAUAAGAUAGUGUAGAAUUGUUUAUCUUGAGCUGUUUGUUCUUAAACUAUAAGGUGUUUUUCCUUUUUUUUUUUUUAAACCUCCCCCACCCUUUUCCUGAAAGCUUUGUUUCAGAGCUUUGUAUUGGGUUUUUUUUGGUGAGGAGGUUGUAUUUAUUUUUGUGGUGUGUGUGUGUGUGUGUGUGUGUCUGUGUGUGUGUUGUGGUCCCAGCUGAGUCAUCAUGUCUGCUCUGACGCCUCCGACCGAUAUGCCAACCCCCACCACUGACAAGAUCACACAGGCUGCCAUGGAGACCAUCUACCUUUGCAAAUUCCGAGUGUCCAUGGAUGGAGAAUGGCUCUGCCUGCGAGAGCUGGAUGACAUCUCACUUACACCUGACCCAGAGCCUACCCAUGAAGAUCCUAAUUAUCUCAUGGCUAACGAACGCAUGAACCUCAUGAACAUGGCCAAGCUGAGUAUCAAGGGCUUGAUUGAAUCAGCUCUGAACCUGGGGAGGACUCUUGACUCUGACUAUGCACCUCUCCAGCAAUUCUUUGUGGUGAUGGAGCACUGUCUGAAACAUGGCUUGAAAGCUAAAAAAACUUUUCUUGGACAAAAUAAAUCCUUCUGGGGACCUCUAGAACUUGUAGAAAAGCUUGUUCCAGAAGCCGCAGAGAUAACAGCAAGUGUUAAAGAUCUUCCAGGACUUAAGACACCAGUAGGUAGAGGAAGAGCCUGGCUUCGUUUGGCAUUAAUGCAAAAGAAACUUUCAGAAUAUAUGAAAGCUUUGAUCAAUAAGAAAGAACUUCUCAGUGAAUUCUAUGAACCCAAUGCCCUCAUGAUGGAAGAAGAAGGAGCCAUAAUUGCUGGUCUGUUGGUGGGUCUGAAUGUCAUUGAUGCCAAUUUCUGUAUGAAAGGAGAAGACUUGGACUCUCAGGUUGGAGUUAUAGAUUUUUCAAUGUAUCUCAAGGACGGGAACAGCAGUAAAGGUACUGAAGGAGACGGUCAGAUUACUGCAAUUCUGGACCAGAAGAACUAUGUAGAAGAACUGAACAGACAUUUAAAUGCUACUGUAAACAACCUUCAGACAAAAGUAGAUACAUUAGAAAAAUCCAACACUAAACUGACAGAGGAGCUUGCAGUUGCAAACAACAGGAUCAUUACCUUACAAGAAGAAAUGGAACGAGUUAAAGAGGAAAGUUCCUACAUACUGGAAUCCAAUCGGAAGGGUCCCAAGCAAGACAGAACUGCAGAAGGACAAGCACUAAGUGAAGCAAGAAAGCAUUUAAAAGAAGAGACACAAUUACGAUUGGAUGUUGAAAAAGAGCUGGAGAUGCAGAUCAGCAUGAGGCAGGAGAUGGAAUUGGCCAUGAAGAUGCUGGAGAAGGAUGUCUGUGAGAAGCAGGAUGCCCUGGUAUCUCUUCGGCAGCAGCUGGAUGACCUCAGAGCUCUCAAGCACGAACUUGCCUUUAAGUUGCAGAGUUCAGACUUAGGAGUAAAACAGAAAAGUGAACUAAACAGUCGCUUGGAAGAGAAGACUAAUCAGAUGGCUGCUACCAUUAAACAACUUGAACAAAGUGAAAAGGAUUUGGUGAAACAGGCAAAGACCUUAAAUAGUGCAGCAAAUAAACUGAUCCCAAAACAUCAUUAGGCAUUUUUCAGUUGGUCACGUCACAAGUCUGAUAUCACAACUUAAUUGUAAAAGGAAGAAAUCUGAAAGCUAUUACAUUUAAGCUCUGAUUCUCUAUAAAAUGUCACCAAAAAGUUGACUUUGAAUUUGUUGGACUUUUAAAAAACCAUUUGGAGAUGUAGGUUGGGUGUUUUUCUUAUUGUUUUCUCCCCAGGGUUAGAAAAAUUGGUAUAAGUUCCUAACUAAAAGCUGAGUAAACUUUGAGAAAUUAUUUCUGAGUUGACCCAUAAAUAAAAAUACCACUUUUUUGAAAAAGCCUAGGGAACUGAAGCUCUGUACAUAUAUUAAUGAUGCCUUUACAACCCAAUCGUUGAUAAUAUCAGAUUCUCGGUGCAUUGUUCAUGUCUGUAUCUGCAAGCCUGUUCUGCCAUUGCAGUGUAAUGAACUAGAGGUAACUACCACGUGAACUCGGACUCUUCUAAAAUAGUUCUGUGUCUCUUAAACCAUGACCCCUUUUCACUUUUGUUAUGUAGGUUUAAUCCCCAAGACAAGGAUAGUACUUAGUAUUUCACUUUCACUACACUUCUAUUCUCAGUAACCAAGAUUGCUUGCAACUUUUUUUGCCUUAGUGACUUUUGAAAAAAAGAAAAAACAGAAAAAACAGCAUCCUUAUAUUUCUUUAAAAUACAUAGAGAUGAAGUUAGUAAUUAGGUAACUUAUGAUAACAUAAUAAUGUGGACGCUUGGGGAAACCCUCCUUAUGUUUGUCAUCUUCUACCUCUGCCAUUUUCCUGCAGUUCCGCUUCCUACUUAGGCAGUUCAGAGAGAAUGAUUCUAAUAGAAACACUCCUCUCCUAUUAAAAAAAUGAUGCAGUACCCAUUUUUCUUAUCCUGCUUUUCUUAUUGGAAUAAAAAGGACAGGGUAUAGACAUGAAUGUUGAUAUUCUGCCUGGCCUGUCAUUUCUUACCUGGAAACAUUUACUUAAAAGUUUCUGUUACUUUUUGUUCAGAUGAAGAUUUGCUAAAGGUUCUGGGAAGCUAAUAAUUGAAUUACUAGAAAAACAUUUCAGAAUAGGAAAUAAAUGAUAAACUUAUAUUCUUUAUUAUUAUUUAGUACAAAAAUACAGAUUCCCAGUAGAUAUUAGCAGGGCUUCUGUUUCUAAGUGACCACAGACUAACCCUCUCUAGGCUUUAACAUUGUAAAUAAUCCUAUAAAUACUUUGAUUUUUUAAGAUGAUUUUUGAUUUGAAGAGAUGGGCUUUACAUAAGCCUUCAUUCCUUCAAAAGGUCCUGACAAAAUAUUUGGGUUUUUUUCUCUCUUUUUUUUCCUUCUGGUAUGCUUUGCAGCAUUUCAGCUGAUUAGGUGGGGACACAGAUAACCCUUUCACUUCCAGCUCUUAAAAUUCUUUAUCUUUUUCUUGGCAAAACCAUAAUUAAGAGUGUACGAUGGAUUCCAUAUGUGCUUAUAUAGGUCCCUGCACAGAUUGGACUUGAACUAAAAUCAAGUCAAAGAACAUAUGUUUAGACCAACUUCAUGGAAGUGGAAGAUCCUGUGCUCUUGAACUUAUUUUAAUUCUUAUAAUUUGCACCUAUAAGAACAAAGCUCCUGCUGUAUUCUUCUCUUCAUCAACCUUUUGUGGUGAUGGGUUGCCUUUUCUAUGAGCAUUUGGAAGGAGUGAUCAAAUACCAAAAUUAAACUUUCUAAAACCUACACAUAGCAUGCUUUUAAAUUCUAUUAUAUAAAGCCCCAAGUGUUUUACCUUCUAAAACAUGCUGUAUAGGUGCAAAGUUAUAAGAUAUUUAGAAGAAAACAUCCAUCAGAAUCUUCUGGAGAAUAUGGUCAGAGUCUUAAACAGGCCCAGUGCUGAGUUCUUUGUCCACUUAGUCACACAUUUUUUGUGGGAAUGGGAAAGGAAGGAGACAGCCAAAUUCUGACAAAGGCUAUUCCUUAUAGAAUAACCCAAAGCGUGGGUGAGGGUUGAUAUAUAAUGUCCCAUGAUUUAAUAUAUGUGGUUUGGGGGAAAGGACAAGAAAAAACUAUAAUUCCACAUAGAAGAAGGUAGUUGCCCGUUUACAAGUUCCAGUUAUGUGUGUAAAACAGAAAAAUUAAGUACCAAACCUAUUAGGAAAUUUUUUUAAAAAGUGGAUUUAACUUAAAUUACUGUGUACUUGAGGUUGGCUUUGGAUAUGGAUUUUCUAAAAAGUGAUGUUUUAUUGUUUAUCAUCUAAUGGCUGUAAACUGUAGUACUAGAAUAAAAAAAAAUGGAAAAUCA